UCGCCCGCUCACUCCCUUUCCUUUUCCUUGCUCCAUAACUAGCAGAAGUUCCUCCCAUGCCCGUUGCAAAGUUCGGAGCAAACGACCUGGCAGAGCUCUCGCCCGCGCCUCCCUCCUUUUCCCAGGGUGCUAUUUUUAAAUAGGACACUUGCUCCGUCUCUCUCUCUCGUUUUCAUCCCAGCCCGAAAGGGGGUGGCGGCGGUGGGUGUCUCUGUCCUCCAUAAAAGGGUCCUGCAAAGUGGGCAGGGCUACGUGGGUUUAUUUUCGGAGCAGCUCCAGGGAUCCGAUGGCCUUGUUAGGGCAGCUGUGACCUUUCUUCCCGGAGGAGGGUAGAAGGAAGGAGGCUGCGGGAGGAGGACAGCCGGAGAGGCUCGCCUGUCCAAUGGGGCUUUGAAGAAGAGCCUGGCACCGCCCGCGCAACUAGCCGCGGGGGCCGCAGAAGCCCCGGGAGGGCGGAAGAGGCGAGGGCGCAAAGCGCGCCAUAGGGGAGGGGGUCGCGGCGGUGGCGGCGGCCGGGGAAGGUUCAGCAAGGAUCUUUACCCUUCUUGGCUCAUAAAGGGGCCGGAUGCUGCCGGCGUUUAGAAGAGGCUGCGAGGAUGGUGUAGCAGAGGAAGGUUACCUUGCAACUAAGGUCUUGCAAAGGCUUGCCUCUUGCCCAUCAGGGCGCUUGGAGAGAGCGCACGGGAUGGGGAGGCCCGCGCCUUGCAGCUGAGCAGGAGUUUAGCCUUCUCUGCUACCUCCAAGGCCGGUUGGUAGAGUUUUCCUUCCAUGCCUCCACACCUGACAGGCUAGCGUUGCCAAGCCGGAGAGUUGGUGGUCCCUGAGUUUUCUGAGCCUAGGAACAGCUUGCUUUCCACCUCCUCGCAGCCUCUUCCCUAGUUGCCCCUUCCUGGGCGAGGACGCCACGCCUGACCCCAAAGGUGGCCCUCCAGCAUAGCUUGGCUAUGCACCCCCACCUGCCACUUCCACUAAUGGAGAAGUGAUCUGGCCACGUAGGAAGGAGGGAACGAGCCAGAGAAGAGCACAGACCCCUGGCUUGACAGCAUGAGCGGUGGCAGGUUUGACUUUGACGAUGGAGGGGCCUACUGCGGGGGCUGGGAAGGGGGCAAAGCCCACGGGCACGGCAUCUGCACCGGGCCCAAGGGCCAGGGCGAAUACUCGGGCUCCUGGAACUACGGCUUCGAAGUGGUGGGAGUCUACACCUGGCCCAGCGGCAACACCUACGAGGGCUACUGGUCUCAAGGCAAGAGGCAUGGCUUAGGGAUCGAGACCAAAGGGCGGUGGCUUUACAAGGGCGAAUGGACACACGGCUUCAAAGGAAGGUAUGGGGUCAGGCAGAACGUCAGCAGCGGGGCAAAAUACGAAGGCACCUGGAAUAACGGUCUGCAGGACGGUUAUGGCACGGAGACCUAUGCUGAUGGAGGUACAUACCAAGGCCAGUUCACCAAUGGAAUGCGCCAUGGUUAUGGCGUCCGGCAGAGUGUCCCAUAUGGCAUAGCAGCUGUAGUCCGCAACCCUCUAAGGACCUCCCUUACUUCCCUCCGUAGUGAGCACAGCAAUGGCACCCUGUUGCAACAUGACUCCCCAUCAGCAAACCUGGAGAACUUUCCCAUGACACCUACGAUCACCCGUGGUGGCUUUGCUCUCAGCCUGUACGCGGAUGCUGAUGUGGGCAAGCUGAAGAAGGGAGGGCUCUUCAGGCGGAGUUCCUUGUUUGGGAAGUUGAAGAAAUCCGACUCUAAGACUUCCUUGGCCAGCCAAAGGAGCCGACUCAGCUUUCUCAAGAGCGAGAGCGGGAUGAGCUCCACUGGUAGCGAUGCCACCUCCACAGCUAGCCUAGGAGAAGGAGCCGAGGGAGAGGACUUCCCGCCUUUUGACGCUGAUAUCGAUGCCACCACGACAGAGUCCUAUAUGGGUGAGUGGAAGAAUGACAAGCGCUCUGGGUUUGGCGUGAGUGAGAGAUCAAGUGGCCUGAAGUAUGAGGGUGAAUGGCUGGAUAAUGUACGGCAUGGAUACGGUUGCACCACUUUGCCUGAUGGUAAGAAGGAAGAAGGGAAAUACCGAAUGAACGUCCUGAUCAAAGGCAUGAAGAAGAGGGUGAUACCUCUGAAAAGUGCCAAGAUAAGGCAGAAGGUGGACAGGAGCCUGGAAGGGGCUCAGAGGGCAGCAGCCAUCGCCAGACAGAAAUCUGAGAUUGCAGCUUCUAGGACUGCCCAUGCCAAAGCCAAGUCAGAAGGGGCUGAGCAAGCAGCAGUGGCAGCUAACAAUGAAUCCACUUUAGCCAGGUCGAUGGCCAGGGAACUAUCUCCGGAUUUCUAUCAGCCAGGUCCUGAAUACUUGAAGAGGCGACUGCUCCAGGAGCUCAUGGAGAACGAAGAGAAUAUAGAGAAUACUGAAGAGCCACCACCUGUGGAACAGCCACCUCCACCACCACCUCCAGAGAGCCCUCCGGUUGAUGAGCAAGAUUCCACCAAGCCCAAAGAAAGUCCCGCUCGAACGCCUUCACCAGCUGGAACACCACCUGAGGCCAAACGAGCGAAGCAAGGUUCUCAGAAAAGCCCUGGGAGCUGGAAUGGAGAUCACGGCAAGGAUGGCAGUGGCACGGGAAGUAGGCCCAACACACCUUCUAAAGCUUUGCUAGCACCUGCAGAGAAGGCAGCAGGUGGCAGUAGGCCUGCUUCCCGGAGCCCCAGCCACCCUAGCCAUGUGAGGGUUGCUGCUGACCAGAUGGAGAUCAAACCCCUUCAGAGGAUACAUCAGGAAGGCGACGUUGCAUUAUUUCAGGGCUAUCACAGCUAUGCUGUGAGGACCUCCCCGGUUACUCCCCCAGUGGACUUUGAGGAAGAAUCAUUCCCUGACUCCAAGUUGCCUGCCAAGCCAAGUUCCCCAGAGCCCAAAGCUGAUGUGAAGGCCAUUGAGCACAAACCGGAGCCGCAAAAGAGGGGAGGUACACCUGUCUCUCAGCAUGAAGCAGCUCACGAAGAAAAAAAAGCACUCAGAGCAGAACCUAAGCAGGAUCUCAAGCAACACCCGCCACCAGAACCCAAAGCAGAAGAGAAAGCCGAAGCUGCAGCUGAAGGCAAGCCUGAACAGAAAACUGAAACGAAGGUGGUGCCCAAAACUGACCCCAAGGCUGUGGUGAAGAAAGUUGCUUCACCAGAGGCAGCAACGAAAGAGGUGGAAGAGCAUGAAGAGGGACCUAACACAAUCAUCAUUUGCAUGGUCAUCCUAUUGAACGUUGGCCUCUCCAUCUUAUUUGUCCAUUUUCUGACAUGAUGAGAUGCUAAGACAAGAAGUUUCUGCUGACAUCUAUGCCUUGCCAGAGGUAUAACACCAUCCAUUCAGAACCAUCUAAAGAGGGAGGAGCUUAGAACCCAGUGUUGGCAUUGUGGUCAUGAACUUCCAUAGAAGGCUUCUGAAGAGCUUGUUAGGCUAGGCCCCCAACUGUAGACGAUCUGCCCAGCAGGAGGAAACCUUGACUGUUGCAUCCCCCUCCUCAUUCUUCCUUUUGUUGUGAAUGAGAAUUGCCUUAAAGUUUCACAACUGUGCUGAUACUGUUGUACUGCAGUUUGAAGAAACAAGGAUUCAUCUGUAAUUGCGGAAACACAAACAAGGCUGUCUCUCCUUCAAAUUCCACCUUGAAAAUUCCAGGCUUCACUGGAAGACACGUCGUUAUAAAUCUCCCGAAGAACACCAUGUUUCUAAGCUAUGUAGCAGCCAGGAAUAAUUGUUAUAGCUGUUGAUUUAACUUCUCCCACCCAAACCAAGAUUGUUAUGAAUCCAGCAUUAGGAAAGGUUAGGCUAUGCUCCCCGCUGCUGCAUAACUGUGAAAAAAUUCUGUGUAGAAGUCCAGAUUUUAGAGCAGGCAAAAGCCAUUUCCUUGAAUAGUGGAUCCACACUAGGAUCCAAGUGAAUCCACAGUGGAAAAAAUGAAAAAACAUCUAUGGAUUUCAGUGUAAGGAUGCUUAAAUGUAGUCUUAUAAGCAGUCCCUAGAAGUGGAUCCUCUGCAGUUCUGCCAAGUAGGAAUUAGAUAGAGUGAAUCUUCUUUAGAGUUUAAGAAACCUCACUAAGGGCUACAUUUUGAAUGUGGUUCGCAAAGUACUGGUAGAUGAAGUCAGUGCUCAGUUAAGCAGUGCCUUGUCAGCAUAUUCUUGUCGUUGGAAGUUGCCUAUUCCCCAGAAGUUAGAUCAGCCGUGAGAUUCACUUUGUACAUUAAGUUUUUCUCUGGGUAUUGAGAUGCACAUAUGACCUGGCAUAUGCAGAACCCUAAAAAAUGUAAUGCAUGAAUCAGCCCUAAAUGUGUUUGAAUGUUUUUCCUCCCCUCCCAAAGCAUAGGCUUUGAUUCAAUUUCAAAAGCUUUAAAAUGUGCCUUAUUUAAAACUGACUGUGAACUUGUAUGUUUGCUGACACUCCUUGGUGCAGCAGAAGCUGGUUAAAAUGAGAAAGUGGAAAAAAGGAACUUGAAAAAUGUUGGGUUUAAAAAAGAAGGCUCCAGUUGCAGAUGCCAAGCAGUGAAAGCCUUAUAAAUAUGGUGCCAUAGACAGGCAGCAGGUAGACACCAGGGUAGUAUUUUUUUCAGAUCAGAUUACUUAGAAUUCAUAAGUCGCUGAAAAUGAAAUUGGGAAGCAGGAGUGAUGACAUUUUGUGCCUUUCCCACUUGCUUUUUCUACUUUAAUCAAAUUAUAUUGUAAAUUGGAGGAAGAGGGAUACAUUAUCUCUGCCCAGCAGCCCAUGUGUUGGAAGAGGCUUCAGCAAAAUGCUUAGCCAUGUUUGAGGAACAUCCGCAGAACAUGGGGUGAUAACAAUUUAGCCAGCCUUGGGUUUUAUGAUUACUUUUUCUCUUCUAAAGGUGUUUGUAACAAAUAGGCUGUUAUUUGCUUUUGAAAUGUGACAGCCUGUUUCCUGGCUCCCUAGCCGCCAGAUGUCCAAUUUCAGUAUGCAAACUGCUUUAUAACUAUGUAUGUUAUUUUCUUUGAGAGACCUCAGUGGCCUUUAUUUAUCAUGAAGCACAAAAUCUGGUCCUUUUGAAAAAGGCAGAGAUUGUUGCCAACCCUACCCCCACCUCAUAAACCCCGCUUCAUACAAAAAUGAUGUUCUGCUGUCUCAUUCUUGUGCUUUGUUCCUUACAAUGUGAUGGGGAAAGUAGGUAGAUUUGCUUUAUGUGGCAUAUAUAAAUAUAUGAACUGGGAUUGAGAGGGCUUCUUUAGACGUGCCCAAAAGCUUGUGUGCAUCCACUGUGGGGUUUGUUUGUUUUUUAAUUCAUUUGAACACCUGAAACUCCAUGCCAAAUCCCAAGCUGCAUUUGAAACUCAUCAUUCUCAUGUGCAGUUUGCCAUUCAGCACGUCAUGACUGCAGUUUAGUGUACAGAACUCUUUGGGUAGUUCUUUGGAUCCUAACCAUAUGUGUUGUAUGUAGAUCCGGAGGGCUUGUGCAAACAUGGUUAUCCCUUGGUCCCUACAACAUGUAGUAACUGCUGUGUUUACAUACAGGUAGCCACAGGUCUACCUCCAAGAAGUAAUGAUAAGUAAUUCAGUAGAGCACAAACUGGUUACGUUUGAUAAUGCAGCUCCCAAGCACUUUCAUAUUCCCUGCCGUAUCUUUUCUAGAGUCCCGAGACCCCCAGCCUUCUGUGUUUUUAAAAUGGCAAUUUCCUAGCCCUCGUUGUUCCAAAGAUGAGCUUGAGCGUGACAAACUUUUAAAAUGUACAAACAUCAUGCCUCAAAUCCAGAGCCCUGUGUGAGCUCAAGUGUACAAAUGAUGGAGACUUUUCAUUUGCUUCAAUGGAAGGGGCUCUGUGUCCAUGCAUUCGUAAGCUGUCCUCUCUUUUAAAGCGAGUGGAAGGGUCUUGUUGGUAGGGGAGCUGCAUGUGUGCAGCAUAGUGCUGGCAUCCUCAAAGAACCGAUGGAUCAGAACAAAUGUAUGCACAAGCCUCCUGGUUUUUUGUUUCCCAGCGCGAGCAAGAACAGGUUUACCUCAAGUUUGCAUGCCUUCAAAAGCAGGUGUCUGUUGUUUGAUUUUUCAGGUCUUACAAAAACGGAAAAUGUUGUCACCACCAACAACACACCUUAAUCACAAGGUUUUUUAAAAAAUAAAAAGUGUAUGGCAAUUUGUAUAAUAUCGUCCAGGAGUUUUCAUCAGUUGUUCUGCUGGAUUAUGUGCAAUAAUAAAAUGUUUUCUUUUGCUCACGUUA